UUUAAAACUGCAGAGUUCAAAAGCCAUGCAGGUGAGAAAAGUAGCUGAAGAGAAAAAAAUCUGAGAUGGCACAUGCUCCUACAGAAAUUCAAGGUGUGUCUCCUAAAGAUGAAUCAACUGGUUCAGAAUCCUCCAUUACAUCUCCAUGGUGUGAUAACUCAAUCACUGGGGACUUGGACUUGAGGUCUCAGGUUGAAGAAAAAGCUUUCCAGGCUUUGUCUGAGGGCUCCCUGAUGAAAGAGCCAUGCCACACAUUGUGUGCCUCUGAACCAGAUGGAGAUAAUGAUUUUCCUCCUCUGCCCUUUCCCAGAAAACUUUGGGAAAUUGUUGAAAGUGAUCGAUUUAAGUCCAUUUGGUGGGAUGAAAAUGGAACCUCGAUCGUGAUUAAUGAAGAACGCUUCAAGAAAGAAGUUCUGGAGAGAAAGGCUCCCUUCAGAAUUUUUGAAACUGAGAGUAUGAAAAGCUUAGUUCGACAGCUUAACCUUUAUGGAUUUACUAAAUUGCGAAGGAAUUUUCAAAGACCUGCCUCACUAGCCAACAUUCUGGCAGAAGAUAAUGAAGUCUCUGCUUGGAACAAGCUGCAGUUCUACCAUAAUCCAAAUUUUAACCGAGGCUGUCCCCAUCUGUUGGUGAGGAUGAAAAGAAGAGUCAGGGUGAAAAAUGCUUCUCCAGUAUCGGCUUCUCUACUUCAAGGUUGCAGCAAGAAGCGCUCUAGAACAGGGGGUGAUGUGGAUAACCAUAAUUCUGAUGUGGCUGCAGAAACUCGUGGAGAAGAUGCAUUUUCAGCCUCUACAAACCUAAAUGUGCCUUUAAUAAGAUGGCCUUCUAUGAGCCAGAGAAUUUCUAAUACAACUACCCCAACUAGAAGUGGUCUUUCUUCUCCAUCAUCACCAUCAGUCAGGCCACCAGGACAAAUUGUCAUGGCUCAACAUGCUAUUUUUAGUCAGUUGACCACGUUUCACAUGCACUCACAAAGCAGCUACUCUCCAGCAAGUGGCCACAUCGUGAAUUUCAUUACAACUACCACUUCCAUUUCUCAGUACCACCUUAUUUCUAACUUCCCAAGUGGUUAUUUUGGACUGAGGGUGGAGCCUUCUCCUUUGCCAACCAGAUACCAGAAUAUAUCACCAACUGAGUGCCCUGUGUCUAACCCCCAAGCAGCAGCCCAUCCAUGGUUCCUAAUGCCAAUGGCCACUGACACAUCUGCUGCCUCGCUUUCAAGGCCAAAUCCUCAGUCCUCUUCCGUAUCUGAACAUCACCCUAAUUACCACUGACCUAUCAAAGGACUAUAGGUUAUGCAGGAGAGUGAAGAUGAACAUUUAUGCUGGCAAAUGUCACCAAAUUCCUGCAAUUCUGUUAUUUCAGCAAUAAACUUGUAUGUUCAUCUUCA